GGGCGGCCGGCUUCCCGAGCUCCCGGCGUGCGGACGCGGCGGCUUCUCCCCCGGAGCGCGCGGAGCGGAGCGGGACGGCGGCGACAUGCACGGUGGCGCGCGGCUGGCGCUCCUGGCCUCGCUGCUCUGGGUCUCCGUGCAGGGCAGCCCGAGAGGUCUGUUUCCUGCCAUUCUCAACCUGGCCAGCAAUGCUCACAUCAGUGCCAACGCCACCUGUGGGGAGAGGGGGCCUGAGAUGUACUGCAAACUGGUGGAGCACGUGCCCGGGCGGCCGGUGCGGAAUGCCCAGUGCCGCCUCUGCGACAGCAACAGCACCAACCCCAGAGAAAGCCACCCAAUAUCACACGCGAUAGAUGGCACCAAUAACUGGUGGCAAAGUCCCAGUAUUCAGAAUGGGAGAGAGUACCACUGGGUCACCAUCACUCUGGACUUACAACAGGUCUUUCAAGUUGCAUAUGUCAUCAUUAAAGCAGCCAAUGCCCCUCGCCCUGGAAACUGGAUUUUAGAGCGUUCUGUGGAUGGCAUCACGUUCAGCCCCUGGCAGUACUACGCAGUCAGCGACUCAGAGUGCUUGACCCGCUACAACAUAAUUCCCAGACGGGGGCCGCCCACUUACAGAGCAGACGAUGAAGUGAUUUGCACCUCCUAUUACUCCAGACUGGUCCCACUGGAACAUGGGGAGAUUCACACGUCCCUCAUCAAUGGGAGACCGAGCGCUGAUGACCUCUCCCCCAGGCUGCUGGAGUUCACGUCCGCACGGUACAUCCGUCUACGCUUACAGCGCAUCCGGACGCUCAAUGCAGAUCUCAUGACCCUCAGCCACCGGGACCCCAGAGACCUGGACCCGAUUGUCACAAGACGGUAUUACUACUCAAUAAAAGACAUAUCUGUUGGAGGGAUGUGUAUUUGCUAUGGCCAUGCUAGUAGCUGCCCCUGGGAUGCAACUGCAAAGCAACUACGAUGCCAAUGUGAGCAUAACACGUGCGGGGAGCACUGUGACCGGUGCUGCCCCGGGUACCAUCAGCAGCCCUGGAGGCCCGGCACCAUUUCUUCUGGCAACACCUGUGAAGAAUGUAAUUGUCACAAUAAAACCAACGACUGCUACUAUGAUGAGAAUGUCGCAAAGCAGAGGAAGAGUUUGAACACAGCCGGAAAGUUCGAGGGAGGAGGGGUUUGCAUCGACUGCCAGCAGAACACCACCGGCGUCAACUGUGAGACCUGCAUCGAUGGGUACUACCGGCCGCACAAAGUAUCUCCUUACGAGGACGAGCCCUGCCAACCUUGUGACUGCGACCCUGUGGGGUCUGUCAGCCCCAUCUGCAUCAAGGACGAUCUCCAUUCUGAUCUACAGAGUGGGAAGUGGCCAGGCCAGUGCCCUUGUAAGGAAGGCUAUGCAGGGGAGAGAUGUGAUCGCUGCCAGUUUGGCUAUCGGGGUUUCCCCAGCUGUGUCCGCUGCGAGUGCAGUCUGGCUGGCAGUGUGAACCCUGACCCGUGCACGGAGCCAUGUCUGUGUAAGGAAAAUGUUGAAGGGGAAAACUGUGACCGCUGUAAGCCAGGAUUCUAUAACUUGAAGGAAGGAGACCCCCAGGGCUGCACCGAGUGCUUCUGCUUCGGCGUCUCUGAUGUCUGCAACAGCCUUUCGUGGCCCUUUGGUCAGGUGAGCAAUAUGUCAGGGUGGUUGAUCACAGAUUUGAUCAGUCCACAUAAGAUCCAGUGUCAGCAGGAUCGGCUGGGAGGACACUGGCAGAUAAGCAUCAAUAACACUGCAGUCUUGAACAGACUGGGUCCCAAGUAUUAUUGGUCAGCCCCUGAGGCCUACCUUGGAAAUAAGUUGACUGCCUAUGGUGGCUUCCUGAGAUACACAGUGUCCUACGACAUUCCAGUGGAUACGGUAGACAGUGGCCUCACGUCUCACAUUGACGUCAUCAUUAAGGGAAAUGGACUCACUCUAAGUACACAAGGUGAGGGCCUAUCACUGCAGCCCUAUGAAGAGUAUUUCAACGUGAUUAGACUUGUGCCUGAGAACUUCCGAGACUUUCAUAACAGAAAAGAGAUCGAUCGCGACCAGCUCAUGACCGUCCUUGCCAAUGUGACACAUCUCUUGAUUAGGGCCAACUACAAUUCUGCGAAAAUGGCUCUUUACAGGUUGAAUUCUGUCUCUUUGGACACAGCGAGCCGUAAUGCUAUAGACCUGGCCGUAGCCACGGAUGUGGAGCACUGUGAAUGUCCCCAAGGCUACACGGGGACCUCCUGUGAGACUUGCCUCCCCAGCUACUAUCGCGUGGAUGGAAUACUCUUCGGAGGAAUCUGUCAGCCCUGUGAAUGCCAUGGCCAUGCAUCUGAGUGUGACAUUCAUGGAGUCUGCUUGGCUUGUGCACAUCACACCACUGGGAACCACUGCGAGCAGUGCCUGCCGGGCUUCUAUGGAGUGCCUUCGAGAGGGACCCCCGAGGACUGCCAGCCAUGUGCCUGCCCUCUCUACACAGCCUCUAACAAUUUCAGCCCCACCUGUCAUCUCACUGAUGAAGACGAAGUACUCUGUGACCAGUGUGCCCCAGGCUACUCUGGAGUUUGGUGCGAGAGAUGUGCAGAUGGUUACUAUGGAAACCCAACAGUGCCCGGGGAAACCUGUGUGCCGUGUGACUGCAACGGCAACGUGGACCCCUCUGAGGCUGGCCACUGUGACUCAGUCACUGGGGAGUGUCUGAAGUGUGUGGGAAACACCAACGGCACCCACUGUGAAAGGUGUGCCGAUGGGUUCUACGGUGAUGCCGUGACUGCCAAAAACUGUCGUGCCUGUGACUGCCAUGAAAACGGCUCCCUUUCUGGUGUGUGCAACAUUGACACAGGACUAUGUGACUGCAAAGCUCACGUGACUGGACAGCAGUGUGACCAGUGUCUGCCUGGCUAUUAUGGGUUGAACUUGGGGCUUGGCUGCCAGCCCUGUAACUGCAGUGAGACAGGUUCGAUGUCAGAUGACUGCACGGAUGAAGGUCAAUGUCACUGCUUACCAGGUGUAGCUGGGAAAAAGUGUGACAGGUGUUCCCGUGGCUUCUUUGGGUACCAGGAUGGUCGCUGUACACCCUGCAACUGCGCUCACACUCAGAAUAACUGUGAUCCCGUAUCUGGAGAAUGCUUGUGCCCUCCUCACACCCGGGGUCCAACAUGCCAGGAGUGUGAGGAUGGGUACUGGGGCCAGGACCUGAAGAUGGGGUGCCAGGCCUGCAAUUGCAGCCACGAGGGCUCCACCAGUUCCCAGUGUGACAUGCGGUCUGGCCAGUGCCACUGCAAGGCUAAGUUUUCUGGACAGAACUGCGGCCAGUGCUCCUUGGGCUACCGAGACUUUCCUGCCUGUGUGUCCUGUGACUGCAACCUGAGAGGCACACGGGCGGACACCUGCGACCCAGAGCACGGUCUCUGCAGCUGUGCAGAGGAAACAGGGGCCUGCACCUGCAAGGACAAUGUUGUCGGUCUCCAGUGCAGCGUAUGUGGAUCAGGGACCUUCGGCCUGAGUGCGGACGACCCCCUGGGAUGCACGCCCUGCUUCUGCUUUGGGUUGUCACAGCUCUGCUCCGAGUUGGAGGGCUACGUGAGGACCCCAGUAACACUGGCCUCCGAUCAGCCCAUUCUGCGUGUUGUGUCUAAGACUGACCUGUGGGGCACGACCACGGGCGUGCAUUUCCAGUCCCCCGAUAUCUUGCUGGAUGCCGAGACAGUCCGUCAGCAUCUCCGCUCAGAGCCGUUCUACUGGCGACUGCCAAAUCAGUUCCAAGGAGACCAGCUCCUGGCCUACGGAGGCAAAUUGCUGUACAGUGUGGCCUUCUACUCCUCUACUGGCACGGGACCCUCCAAUUAUGAGCCUCAAGUUAUCAUCAGAGGAGGCCAGACCCGGAAGCUUCACAUCCACGUGGACGAGCCAGCCCCAAAGAAUGGAGUGCGGGAAGACCGGGCCGUGGCCAUGCACGAGAAUUCUUGGAAGUAUUUUGACACUGUUUUUGAAAAGACUGUCACACGCUCCGACUUCAUGUCUGUUCUCAGCAAUAUUGAGUACAUCCUCAUCAAGGCAUCCUAUGGACAGGGCCUUCAGCAAAGCAGAAUCUCAAAUAUUUCUCUGGAGGUUGGCAGAAAGGCUGGGGAGCUGUGGCCCAUGGGGGAGGCCGCCUCUCGGUUAGAGAGCUGCGUCUGUCCCCCCGGCACCACCGGAUUCUCAUGCCAGGACUGUGCCCCCGGGUACUACAGAGGGAAGCUUCCAGAUGUUCAUGGCACAGGACCACCCCCUCUGCUUGCUCCCUGUGUGCCCUGCAGCUGCAACAACAACAGUGACUCCUGUGACCCAGAAACUGGGAAGUGUCUGAACUGCCGAGGUAACACAACUGGUGACCACUGUGAUGUGUGUGCCCCUGGCUACUACGGGAAGGUGACAGGCUCCGCGCGGGACUGCUCUCCAUGUGCCUGUCCUCACCACCCCCCUGCCAGUUUCAGUCCCACCUGUGUGUUGGAAGGUGCCGGUGGCUUCCGUUGUGACGCCUGUGCCCCAGGCCAUGAAGGACAGUUCUGUGAAAGGUGCUCCACCGGCUACUAUGGCAACCCUCAGGCGCCCGGCGGCCGCUGUCAGAAGUGUGACUGCAACUCCAACGGCUCCGUUCACAGCAACUGUGACCGCUCAUCUGGCCAGUGUGUCUGCAAGCCGGGGCACGCUGGGCUGCGGUGUGAGGAAUGCCAGCCCAGGCACUUGCUGGUGGAGAGCCACUGCGUUUCUUGUGAUGAUGAGUGUGUAGGUGCGCUGCUGAAUGACUUGGAUAAUAUCAGUCAUGCCAUUCUCUCUGUGAACCUCACUGGCAUGUUCCCUGCUCCUUAUGGAAAUUUGUCAGACCUUGAGAACAAGACUCAGUAUUUCCAGGGGUACUUCCUUAAAAAAAACACCCAAAUGAACUGGACAGUAGUACAGCUUGAUGGUAUUGCAGAAGAAACAGACAACCUGCAAAAGGAGCUCACCAGAGUGUUGACAGACAGCCAGCAGGUGAACAAGGCAACAGAGAGAAUCUUCAAUCAGAGUCAAAAUUUGGCCACCUUCAUUGAGCUGCUGCUGAAGAACGGCAAAGAAAUCCUUGAAAAGGCAGCAACUCUAAACCAGACUACAGAUGAAGAUCUCCAGCUACACAGUGCUACUCUUCAGAAUCUGAAGCAGAGCAUUUUGUCUUUGCUGGAAGGGAUACGGAAAAGGAAUUUUACUCAAGUGCACGAAAAUGUCACCCAUGAACUCAGGGCUGCUAAAGACUUAUUGUCAGAAAUUCAGAAGACUUUCCAGAAGCCACAGAAGGAGUUGGAAGUGUUCUUGGAAGCAACCAGGCACCACCUUGCAGAGCACAGCAGUGAGCUGCAGGCCCUGGAUGAGCUUCUGAGGGAAGCAGAGACCAAGACUCAGGAUAGCAACCGCCUGCUGCACGUGGUCGAGGCCAACCUGGGCACCUUCAGGAAUGAAACUCUGCGUGUUCAAGAAGAGCAAAAUGUGACCUCAAAGUUGGUUGUCGAAGGAAGCAGGCUGGUGGAUGCUGCCACUACACAGGCAGAUGCUGUACAAAAUCUUGUAGAGGAGCUGGGGAAUCACUGGGAUGAGGUUCUUCUGUGGACUGCCAAACUCAGGCAACAUGUGGACAAUCUGGUCAUGCAGAUGUCAAAAAGGGGAGCGAUUCCGCUUGUGCACAGAGCUGAGGAUCACGCCGCUGAGCUCCAGAGGCUAGCGGGUGCUCUGGACAGUGGCCUUGAAAAUGUCAGAGAUGUGUCCCUGAAUGCCACCAGGGCAGCCUAUGUCUACUCCAACAUUCAGAAGCUGCUGCAGCAAGCAGAGCAACUGGCCAACGAUGCCCAGAGCACUGGGGAUAAGACCAGCCAGGUUGCAGAAUCUCUUGCUUCUCGUAGCAAAGUGUAUCUGCAGCGCAGUUCCAGGUUCCUACAGCAAAGCAGCAACCUCAGUGGAAAGCAGCAAGGUGUUACAUUGUGGCUGAGUAAAUUGAAAAAUAUGACAAACAGAUUUCAAGAGAAUGCAGACAAAAUUGCCAGACAGACCAAUGCAUCCCUCUUGAUACUCAGAGAAAUCCCUGAAGACCUAAGGGACAGAAGAAACAAAACAGAAGAGCUGGCCUCGUCUGCCAACCACAGUGCAGGGAGAACAUUACAGGAAGUGCUGAGACUAAGCCGGAAGGUGUUUAACACCUCCACUGACCUGUCCAGAGUGAACCGGACAUUACAAGAGACAAAGGAACUCCUGCAGGACUCCUCCAUGACCACUCUGCUAGCUGGAAGGAAAGUUAAAGACAUGGAAUCACAAGCCAACCUUUUGUGGGAGCGGUUAAAGCCUUUGAAGACUUUGGAAGAGAAUCUGAGCAGAAACCUAUCAGAAAUUAAAUUGCUGAUCAGCCAGGCCCGGAAACAGGCAGCUUCGAUCAGAGUUGCGGUGGCUGCAGACAGAGACUGUAUCCGGGCCUACCAGCCUCAGAUUUCUUCUACCAACUAUAACACCUUGACCCUGAAUGUUAAGACACAGGAACCUGACAACCUUCUCUUCUACCUUGGCAGCAGCAGCAGUUCUGACUUCUUGGCAGUGGAGAUGCGGCGGGGGAAAGUGGCCUUCCUCUGGGAUCUGGGUUCGGGGUCCACCAGGCUGGAAUUCCCGGAUGUCCUCCAUGACGACCAGUGGCACACCGUCCACAUCAGCAGGUUUGGAAACAUUGGAUCACUGAGUGUGACAGAAAUGAGCUCAACUCAAAAUCCACCAAUGAAAACCAGCAAAUCCCCGGGCACUGCUAAGGUUCUGGACAUAAACAAUUCAACGAGGAUGUUUGUUGGAGGACUUGGAGGGCAGAUCAAGAAAUCUCCUGCUGUGAAGGUCACUCAUUUUAAAGGCUGCAUGGGAGAAGCCUUCCUGAAUGGAAAGUCCAUCGGCCUGUGGAAUUAUGUGGAAAGAGAGGGAGCAUGCCAUGGCUGCUAUGGAAGCCCGCAGAAUGAAGAUGCCUCCUUCUACUUUGAUGGGAGUGGAUAUUCUGUCGUGGAAAAGACGCUCCGCACCACUGUGACCCAGAUAGUCAUGCUCUUUAAUACCUUCUCACCUAAUGGACUCCUCCUUUAUCUGGCUUCCAAUGGCACCAAAGACUUUUUGUCCAUGGAGCUGGUCCAGGGCAGAGUUAAAGUUAUGGUUGACCUGGGCUCAGGACCCCUUACUCUCAUUACGGACAGACGGUAUAACAAUGGAACCUGGUACAAAAUUGUCUUCCAGAGAAACCGGAAGCAAGGACUGCUAGCUGUUUUUGAUGCCUAUGACUCCAGUGACAAAGAGACCAAGCAAGGUGAAGCUCCAGGAGCAUCCACAGAUCUCAACCGGCGGGAAAAGGAUUUGAUUUAUGUGGGUGGAUUACCUCGGUCAAGACUGGUAAGGAAGGGUGUCACCAGCCAGAACUACGCAGGCUGUAUCAAGAACCUGGAAAUAUCAAGGUCGACCUUUGAUUUGAUCCGCAAUUCUUAUGGAGUGAGGAAAGGCUGCGUGCUGGAGCCUAUCCGAAGUGUCAGCUUCCUGAGAAGCGGCUACCUUGAGUUGCCACCCAAGCCUUUAUCACCAGAAUCACAAUUCAUGGCCACAUUUGCCACCAAGAACAGCAACGGUAUCAUCCUGGCAGCUCUGGACAAGAAUAUGAAGAGGCCAGACCGGCUUCCAGGGCAGGUGCCCUUCUUUGCCAUCAUGCUGAUCCAAGGCCACGUGGAAGUGCACGUCAGCCUCGGGGACGGGAGCAGCCUGAGGAAGGCCCUGCUGCACGCUCCCUCGGGCUCCUACAGCGACGGGGACCAGCACUCCAUCUCCUUGGUUCGGAAUCAGAGAAUUAUCACUGUCCAGAUGGAUGAGAACAACCCUGUGGAAAUGCAGUUGGGCUCCCUGGCAGAGAGCAGGACAAUGAAUAUGUCCCACCUGUACAUAGGGGGCCUUCCUGAGGGCGAGGAGACAUCAAUGUUCAACAUGAGGCACUCGUUCCAUGGCUGUAUCAAAAACCUGGUCUUUGACACGGAACUUGUGGCUUUUACCGAUGCAAAAGGCUAUGAGCAAGCAGACCUGGACACCUGCCUGCUUGUAGAAGGGCCCAUGUCAGCCCUUCAUGGCAAAGAUAGUGAGGUCCUACCAGAGCCCCCCACUUUACCACAACCUAGUCAGUGUGCGGUGGACGUAACUUCAGGCUACGUCUCCGGUGCGCACCAGUUCGGGCUCUCCCCGGGCAGCCAUUUGGUGCUGCCUUUCAACCAGUCAGCGGUGAGAAGGAGGCUCGUGGUUCAGCUGAGCAUCCGGACGUUUGCCUCGAGUGGUCUCAUCUACCACAUGGCUCAUGAGAACCAAGUGGACUAUGCCACCCUGCAGCUCCACGCCGGCCGCCUCCACUUCAUGUUUGACCUUGGCAAGGGCCGCACCAGGGUCUCUCACCCGGCGCUGCUCAGCGAUGGCAAGUGGCACACGGUCAAGACCGAGUACGCGAGAAGAAAAGGCUUCCUGACGGUGGACGGCCAGGAGGCCCCUGCAGUGAGCACUGUGGGAGACGGGACCAUGCUGGAUGUGGAAGGAAAGCUGCACCUGGGCGGCCUCCCUGCCCAGUACCGAGCCAGGAACAUUGGGAAUAUCACCCACAGCGUUCCUGCCUGCAUCCGGGAGGUGACGGUGAAUGGCAGGCAUCUGAACGCCGAGAGCCCGGAGUCGGCCUUCGCGGUGGGCAGGUGCCAUGAGGUCGCCCAGGAGGGGACUUUCUUUGAAGGAAGUGGCUACGCAGCUUUUGUGAAAGAAGGCUACCGAGUCCGGUCAGAUUUAAACAUCUCGCUGGAGUUCCGAACGUCUUUUGAAAACGGCGUUCUCCUGGGCAUCAGCAGCGCCAAGGUGGACGCGCUCGGCCUGGAGAUGGUGGACGGCAAGCUUUUGUUUCAUGUCAACAAUGGUGCGGGAAGGUUUACGGCCACCUACCAACCGAGAGCUGGCAGGACUCUGUGCGAUGGGAAAUGGCACAUGCUUCAGGCCAACAAAAGCAAGCACCGGCUCACGCUGCUCGUGGAUGGAGAAGCCGUUGGUGCAGAAAGUCCUCACACCCAGUCCACGUCUGCAGACACCCACAACCCCAUUUAUGUGGGGGGCUACCCAGCCAAUGUCAAGCAAAAUUGCCUGAGCAGCCGGGCCUCAUUCCGGGGGUGUCUGAGGAAGCUCACUCUGACCAAGGGCCCCCAGGUGCAGACCUUCGAUUUCAACAGAGCCUUUGAACAACAUGGAGUUUUCCCUCAUUCCUGUCCUGGGCCUGAGCCCUGAACUUAUGGCAGUACCAUCUCUUAAAACCAUUGCCAGUGGUCUGAGGAGAAAUACUAGUGUGGAUUCAAAUCUAUUCCAUUCAGAUUUAAUUUUCAACUCAGGUUGUUUCCAGAAGAAAUGUUUUUAGGUUAAAACCACAUGUACAACAGAUACCUCUAUUAAACAGUCUAAAGUGUAAAUUGAA